GCACGGCCGCCUCUGGCCUCCUAGCUCGCGAGUCGCGAAGUGCCCGCGCUGGAAAAACCAAGCGAGCCACGCAGCUCGUUCGCGACCGGCUCCCGUGAUCUGCCGUUCUCGUCCACCGCUCCGCGUAUAAAAGCGCAAGCUUGCAGAGCCCAGCCGAGAGAGUAGACCGCGUCGCUGGUAGCCAGGCCAAGUCACCCACGCGUUUUCUCGCCGCGGAGCAGUCGGGGACUUGGGGGGCCUCUGGCAAACGCGUAGCGGUGGGCUCGAAGCAAGGCAUGGCGUGGUCGGAGACGGACGCCGCGCUGUUCGCGGCGGUGCUUGGGCGGGACGCGGCGCACCACCUGGCCACCACGCCGCCGCACCUGGACGGGCCCGCGGCAUCGGCGGCGUCGGCGCCGCCCGAGCUCCUGGCGCGCCUGCAGGACCUCGUGGAGCGGGGCGGCGUGUGGGCGUACGGCAUCUUCUGGCAGGAGUCCCGCGGCGCCGGCCGCCCCGUGCUCGGUUGGGGCGACGGGCACUGCCGCGACGGCGGGGCCCCGCACGACGCCGGGGAGGCCGGCGCGGCGGCGGCGGAGAGGAGCGUGGCGCGGAAGCGCGCGCUGCUGCGGCUCCACGCGCUCUACGGCGGCGGGGACGACGACGAGGGCGCCGACUACGCGCUCCGCCUCGACCGGGUCACCGGAGCCGAGAUGUACUUCCUGGCGUCCAUGUACUUCUCGUUCACGGAGGGCGCGGGCGGGCCGGGGCACGCGCUGGCCUCCGGCCGCCACGCCUGGGCCGCCGUGGACCCGCGCCCGCGCGGCGCCGGCGCCGGCGAGCCCGCGCCCGGGUGGUACGUCCGCGCGUCCCUCGCCCAGUCCGCGGGGCUCCGCACUGUCGUCUUCCUCCCGUGCAAGGGCGGCGUCCUCGAGCUCGGCUCCGACGUGGCCGUCCGCGAGACUCCUGAGGCCCUGCGCGCCAUCCAGUCCGCCCUCGCUGUCGCGCCGCCCGCGGCACGUGAGGAAUGCAUGAGAAUCUUCGGCAAGGACCUCUCUCCCAGCGGCCGAACGCCGCGGCCGCAGGCCGUGGGGCUCGGCGUCACCAGCGACAAUUGGGCUCCACAGCUCGGCGGCCACGCCGCGGCGUCCGCCGCAGCCGCCAACAAGGAAGCGGCGAAACCCAGACCUCCGGAGCCGCCCAAGAGCAUCGACUUCACCAAGCCGGGCAAGGCGGAGCAGGCCGGCGGCGAGGAGCGGAGGCCGCGGAAGCGCGGGCGGAAGCCGGCGAACGGGCGGGAGGAGCCGCUGAACCACGUGGAGGCGGAGCGGCAGCGGCGGGAGAAGCUGAACCAGCGGUUCUACGCCCUGCGCGCGGUGGUCCCCAAGAUCUCCAAGAUGGACAAGGCGUCCCUGCUCAGCGACGCCAUCGCGUACAUCCAGGAGCUGGAGGACCGGCUCCGCGGCGGCGGGGGCGCGGCGGGGGCGGGCGCGCGCGCGGAGAGCCCGGCCGUGGAGGUGAAGGCAAUGCAGGACGAGGUGGUGCUGCGCGUCACGACGCCCCUGUACGCGCACCCCGUCUCCCGGGUGUUCCACGCCAUCCGGGACGCCCAGCUGAGCGUGGCGGCGUCGGACGUGGCGGUGGCCGACGACGCCGUGACGCACACGCUGGUGCUGCGGUCGCCCGGGCCCGAGCAGCUGACCGCGGAGACGGUGCUCGCCGCCAUGUCACGGGGAAUGACCAGCGCCACCCCCUCCCCGUGACCGCGCUAGCUGGUAGUAGCUGUAAGUCGUAACCGUGCGCGCCCCGUGCGCGUGCAACUGCCCAACCGUUUAGUGCUAGCUUCUCCCCACUUGUGACUGCAUGCCGGCCACGUAGUAAAAGCCCCAGAUCAUCAUAAUACAGUGGUGGCCAAGGGGGCACGAAUUUAGUGUUCCUUUCCCUAGUUUUUUUUUUCCCACCACAUGUUUACACGAGAUGCGUUCGUACACAAUUGAAGGCAGAGUUUGCUAGUUGUUAGUUGUAGUUUUGUUUAAUUUCUUGGACGCUGUUUGUCCAGCCUCUCGUAGCUAACCUACAGCAUGCGUGCAGCAGCCUGACAGUGUUGUUGUUUUCACCUGUAGCUCUCGUGUGUGUCGGAUUCAACCCGCCCCCAAUUGUUUUGCAUGUA